AGUAGGUAAAUGUAUCCGGGUCGUUAGAAACGCCACGCUAGCAUCGUAAACUAAUCGUAGGGAUUUAAAAAAAUAUAUAUUUGGUAGUGUGUUAAAUUGACGUGGUGCAAAUAAUCACCGAUUCCCUCUUACAGAAUCGGAUUUCUGUCCAACUAGCCACAGAUAGUUAGCUAAAAAAUGUUUUUGACCAUUUGCAACUAGCAUACUGAUGGCUAACAACGAAUGAGUUUGGGUCCUCCGCCAUGGAAAGCAUGCUGUUAUCUGUUCUGUUUAUCAAGAGAACAUGACACUCCCUGUGAUGGAAUCGUCGAACAUUAUGGUCCAUCUAGAGCAGGCGGAAUCUCACCUGGCUGAGAUAGAGCUACUCUCCAGUAUGUACCCCGGUGAAGACGAGCUGGUGAUUACUGACCAACUAGCUGUGGCUGAGCUCAGGGAGUAUGUGGAGGGAGCAACAGAUACCUAUCCUCAGUCCAGACCACACAUCCUCAUCAAACAGAAGCUGGACACUGACACUGUGAAGGGGGUGAACGUGACCAUAUCUUGCACCUACUCAUCUGACUACCCUAAUGUCUUACCUGAAAUAGCUGUACGGUGUCCUGACCUCAGCCGAUCCCAGCAGGCCCAGCUUCACUCACACAUGAACACCUACCUCUCAGAGAGCUGCCGUGGAGAUGUCUGUGUCCUCUCUGCCGUGGAGUGGGUGAAAGACAACGUACACCUGUACCUGACCGACAAGACCACAUCAUCAUCAACAGCCCCUGGCAAGAAAGAGUCUCGGUCUACCUGCUCAUCUCCGCAGCCCAAAGAGCAGUUCAGUCGCCUGUGGAUCUACAGCCACCACAUCUAUAAUAAGAGGAAGAGGAAGAACAUUCUGGAGUGGUCCAAGGAGCUGGAUCUGUCAGGGUUCAGUAUGCCUGGCAAGCCUGGGAUCAUCUGUGUGGAAGGCCCUCAGUCGGCCUGUGAAGACUUCUGGGCCAGGGUGAAGGUUCUAACCUGGAAGAAAAUCAUUAUUCGUCACAGAGAGGAUGUUGCCGUGGACAGUCGGAGUGCUGAGGCCAGCGUGGCAGACAACACGGAUUCCCUCCGUAGGUUCACAGGGUUCGAGGAGGCCAUGUUUGAUCCACACGGGAACAGAGGAAACCAUAUGAACCUGGGCCAGCUCUAUCAGUACCUCAACGAGAGAGGAUGUGGAGACGUCUUUCAGCUUUACUUUGGAAUUGAAGGAAGGUAGUAUAGCUGAUAGGAUAGGUCCCAUAACUGUUGGUUGUACCCAAAUUAACCAAUGCAGGAAUCAAGUACCCAAAUGAACCAAUGGCAGGAAUCAAAUACCCACAUGAACCAAUGGCAGGAAUCAAGUACCCAAAUGAACCAAUGGCAGGAAUCAAGUACCCAAAUGAGCCCACAGCUAAUCCACACAGAGAUGAGCCCACAGCUAAUCCACACAGAGAUGAGCCCACAGCUAAUCCACACAGAGAUGAGCCCACAGCUAAUCCACACAGAGAUGAGCCCACAGCUAAUCCACACAGAGAUGAGCCCACAGCUAAUCCACACAGCGAUGAGCCCACAUCUAAUCCACACAGAGAUGAGCCCACAGUAAAGUGAGAAUGGUGGUUGGCUGGGAGGGUUUUACUGAACCCCUUCUCAAAUACAGGCCUUGAAGUCUAACCCCUACUGGAGUUUAUCCUUCCCCUCUAAACACAGAUUCAGAACUGUGACACCAGGUAGGGGGGGGGGAAUCCCUAACUACCAGGGAGAAAAGACAACCCACCAGUGCUGUGGAUACCAUUGCUCAGAUUUGUGUACGCCUGGUUUCCACACCUCGUCUCCAUCAGCCCCUAUUUUCAGAAGCGUCGGCUCCAAAUCCUUUGUCCAGGAUCACCUGAACAGGUGGGAUGGUAGAUUGAACCAUAGUAGCAGUCAAAUGGAACACGCUGAAACACGAAGUGAGAAUGGUUUUACAGAUUCGUCACAAGUCUGAUCAAACUUCUUAUUUUAUGCAUUCAAUGCAUUCUACAAGCAAAAAACAAACUCAUGUAAAAUAUAUCCAACGAUAAAUAAGAAUAGGGGUGGUAAAUGACUGAGUUUAAAAAAAAUACUCAAUGGUGCUCGGAUAGGGAAUUACUGUGCUAAUGGCUAUGAAUGGUUUGUCCCGGGAGAUGAGUAACCUUGCCUGAGAACUGAAAACGUAUGUUAGCUCCCUGAGCCAAUGUCUUGGCUUUGGCACGGUUCAUCAUGCCAAAUACAGUACGAGUUGCACCCGUAUAAUGAUUUUGUAGAUACAAACGAUGUUUGAGGAUAAAUGCAACACUUGUAAACAUGUCAAUUGAUAUGUGAAUAAAUUCAACAGGAAUUGCAAGCAUGCAACUACAUUUGAACAUGAAUACAACUCAUUUACUAAACUUGCAACUGGUGAAUCUUCUGUGAAUCAAAACUACAUUUUGCGCUCUUGAGUUUUGGCACUAAUUCAGCGACUAACCUCUGCCAAAAGUUUUGUAGCUGCAAACAAGCAUCCGAGAAUAACACGAGGUCUGGUGGACCAACCGGGUGAGGCGUUGUCAUUCUUUCACGUUUCACUGGGUUCCGGUCUGGAAGCAUGCUUUCCGUUGUGCUAAAUAUGGAUCAAAUGUGUUAAAAUUACGAGCUAGCUAAAUGAUAUUCACAGAAUUUGAAAGCUACGACAAGGCGUUACCGAUGAAGAAUUAAAACUAGUGGUUCCACAUAGCAUAACCGCUACAAAGCUGGGGCAAGCUAUCCAGCCUCUUUUCUAUUGGCACAUGUCUGUUUAGCGAGUGAGCUAUCAUUAGAGCCUUCAGGCCAGCCUGCAUCUUGUGGUUCUUGUUUUGUGUAACAGAGUAAUAGGUCUAGCUAUGUACUUGUCAUUUCUUACUAAAUGACAGCUGUAGCAGAGAUAUUAUAGAAUGGAGGAGAUAGGAAUCUCAUUGGACAAUUAAUGGAGGAACGUGUAACGCCCCAUUCAGCAGACUGAUUAAUGGCGUUCGCGUUGUCAUGAUGCGUCACAUCUUUGCUAAGAUCAGUAACGCAAUCAUUUUCAUCAAAGUCAAGGGUAUGAGUCGAGAAACCUGCCUAUUAUCCUCGAAAGUAUGUAAUGUCACGAUUUUAAAAGCUAUACGAUAUUACAGAAAACAAGUUAAUUAUCUCACAUCUAGGAAAAGUGAUAUCAUGUACUACUUCUUGUAAAUUCUUCUUCGGUAGGGUUUGUUGGCAGCUGGCAUCCAACAUUAUGGCGCAUUACCGCCACCUAGUGUACUGGAGUGUGGGCGACUGUUUCUAAUGGCGACGUUCUCAGUAUACUCUUUAAACUGAUUUCCUGGUUCCCCUUCAUGCUGGAUCUGUCUCUCUCUCUAUUUCCCUCUCAUACUGACCACACUGUAUCAAUACAUACUCCACCAUCUCUGUUUCCAGGCAAUAAUCACACUUUCCUAUCACAUUAAAAUAUGUAAUCAACCGACUGUGUCCCCACCCUUAAUCUUGUAAAACAAAUAGCCUCCCCCCUUUUCUGUCCCUUCCUGCCGUCCUCCCUGACUUUCCUCUGUACUUGAAAUAAAUGGCUGCUCUUUGUGUGUCUA